AAAGUGCCAAAUUAUAUGAAAUUUAUUAUUGGUGGUUUGGCUGGUAUGACGGCGACGGUUUUUGUGCAGCCUAUGGACUUGAUUAAGACACGUAUGCAAAUGACUGGUGUCGGUACUGCACACAAGGAAUACAAAAAUUCCAUUGAUAUUGUUCUCAAUGUUUUAAAAGAAGAAGGUUUAUUGAAAUUCUACAGAGGCAUUGGAGCUGGUUUAUUGCGUCAAGCCACCUAUACGACCACGCGCAUGGGCGUCUAUCAAACAAUUAAUGAUAUGUAUAAAGAUCGCACGGGUCUAGCAAUCCCAAGCACUGCAGCCAGCAUAAUUAUGGGGCUGACUGCAGGGGCUAGCGGUGCUUUUGUGGGUACACCCGCCGAGGUCGCAUUAAUACGUAUGAUGGUUGAUGGUAAAUUGCCGGCGAGUGAAAGGAGAAAUUACAGAAAUGUCAUAGACGCAUUGGUCCGUAUUCAUCAAGAGGAAGGUAUCAAAGGUUUGUGGACCGGAUGUUUGCCUACAGUCGGCCGAGCUAUGGUUGUCAAUAUGUGCCAAUUGGCUUCAUAUUCUCAAUUUAAAAGCGCUCUACAUAAUAGUCGGCUACAGAUGGAUGGAAUAUUACUGCAUGCCUGUGCAAGUUGUAUAUCUGGUCUGUUAACUUCUGUGGCUUCUAUGCCUUUAGAUAUUGCCAAGACGCGUUUACAAAAUAUGAAAACCCCUCCGGAUGGUAAACCCGAAUAUUCCGGCUCCAUUGACGUUUUGAUCAAGGUAGCUAAAAAUGAAGGAGUUCUAGCACUUUGGAAAGGUUUCACGCCAUAUUUACUUCGCAUAUGUCCUCACACAAUACUGACACUUGUCUUUUUGGAGCAGUACAACAGACUAUACAGAUUCUAUGUUUUAGGUUCUGACGGCGGUUCUAGUUUAUAA